AUGUCUUCAAUAACAACAGCAGCUAACACAACAACAACAACAUCAUCAUCAUCAUCAUCAUCAUCAACAACAACAUCGAAUAUUGAACAAAUAUUGAAUAACAAUCAUAAUAAUUCAUGGGAAAAUCAAGUUAAACCAAAGUUAAUUGAACAUAUAAAAGAUUAUUGUAAGGAUGAAAGAAACAUUGAGAAUUAUAGUAGUUUGAAAAAGUUGAUAUACGAUCAGUCACUUGCAAUCAUAAGAGGUUACCUAUCAAUCAACCAGCUGAUAUCUAUAUUAAUAUCGGAUCACUAUACAAUCAAUGGAUUAUCAUCAAUGUUAUGUGAUAUAAUAUGGUUUUUGGAUUUAGAAGGUAUAAAGAAUGAAACAAGACAGAUAUUGAUGUCAAUGAUCAAAGAAUUUCAAUCAAAGUCAUUGGUUACCAACGAUAUGCUAAUGGAAAGAUUAGAAACCGAUGCAUUGACUGAGCUUGGUAUAGUACAAUCUGCGAAUGUUCUAAUGAAAAGAUUAGGUAGAUUAAACGUAAAGGAUACAUUCACAUUGGUAAAGUUUAAUUUAUUUAAAGAGGAAACAGAAGGAUUUGCCAAGGUGAUUGCAGAGUUGAACAAAGGUUAUCUUAUGACGAAUCCACAGACAAUCGAUAAUAUGAUAAGGAAUAUCAAGGCGUUGAUUGGUUACUUUAAUUUGGAUCCGAAUCGUGUGUUGGACAUUGUGUUGGAUUCGUACGAACGUCAUCUCGAUAGCAGUGAAUGUUUCCUACCGUUGAUCAAACAGUUCAAAUCUACGACCAUUCCACAGCUUUUAGGAUUCAAAUAUCAAUUCUAUCAGAGUCCAGAGUUGAACCCAACCCUGGAAACACCAAAGUCACUCCAACAACUAACGGCAUCACUCUUAAAAGAUAAACUAAUUGUAUUAGAGCAAAUAUAUCCACAUUUGAGUCCAACUGAUGAAGAUUUGAAGAUUGCAUAUCAAACAAAGAAAGAAGAACAAUUGGCAAACUCUAAAAAGAUUGGUAUGAUUUCGCUGACUGGUGGCGACGAUAAGGAAAAAGAGAAGGAGAAAGAAGCGGCUGCUGCUGCUGCCGCCGCUGCCAAAGUGCAACCGGACAAUCAAAAGUUUGGUCUUUUGGUAGCACUUCUCGAAUGUAAUGAACUCGAAUUCUCUUUCCAAAUACUUUGUAAUCUAUCUACCAUUGAUCCAGCCUCGAAUCCAGCCAUCUCCAAUGCAUUGAUUCAAUGUUUAACAACUAUUGUAAAUCCAAUCUAUAAAUCAAUAUCAUUUUCAGUAUUAAAAGCAACACUUACUCCAGGUGUAUUCGAUUUCAAUGCAUUCGCAGAGAAAUCAGAACUAAUAUACAGUCUAUUGAAUCAUCUAAAGAAUUAUUUAUCGAAUGACUCUGCUUUGCUUAUAAAGAUAUGUAGAAUACUAAAAGAAUUAGUUAAAUCUCCAAACUAUAAUCAAUUAUAUAGAGCAGAUGUUGAAUAUGCAAUUGUAAAUGUAAUUCUACCAUCUUUAUCUUAUAUGUCUACUUCUAAUCCAGCGGUAUCGUUUGAGGUGUGGAGUAUACUCGGUGGAAUGAACUAUCACGUCAGAUACAAUCUCUAUGCAGAGUGGAGAGCUAUCUACUCAAAGUAUCUACCGCUUGCCAUUGCCAAAGCAGAGGUGACUGCCGAGAUUCGUAAGAUUCUUCGUAGAAUCUCAAAGGAGAAUGUCAAACAACUGGGCAGAACCAUUGGAAAGCUAAGUCAUCUUCAUCCGAUGAUUGUUCUGGAGGCUGUUGUCUCGUCCGUGGAGAACUACGACAGUUUGGUGCAUCCGCUUGUCGACUCCCUGCGUUAUUGCACCUCACUCUCAUUCGAUGUUCUCAGUUAUAUUCUUUUGGAGCGAUUCACCAUCCAACGUGCCAAACUAAAGGCAGACGGCACCAACAUUGCCAGUUGGUACCAGUCGCUCUCACAGUUUGUUGGAUUCCUCUACCGAAAGUAUCCACAGACCGAACUGGAAGGACUGCUUCAAUACAUUGUCAAUCAGCUGAAGGAUAACAACUCCCUCGAUUUGAUUGUGUUGAAGGAGCUGCUCUCAAAGAUGGGUGGUAUUGAAAUCAUUGAGGAUCCACCCGACAACCAGGUAGAGGCACAGGGUGGUGGAGAAACACUCAAACAGGAAUCAAACACCAUGAAUAACUCGAGGAAUAUAAAGCGUGCCGUUACCAAGUUGAAAGACACGCUGAUCGAGUGUAAGCUUGCAUUCCCGCUGUUCAUUCUCCUCGCCAAACAGCGUAUCAAUAUUGUAUAUAGCAACGAGCAGACUGGAAACAUUAGAGGAAUCGCCGAUCUGUAUGACAAGUGUCAAGAGACGCUGUUGCAGUACACCGAGUUUCUCUCGACCAGUGUUCUUCCCAAGGAUUAUGCUGCAUUUUUCGGUAACUUUUCAGAGCUACUCACUGUCUAUGGCUUGGAGCCAGAGACUGCCUACCACAUCUAUCGUCCGCUGCUUAGCUACCUCAAAGCGAUCCACUACUACGUGCUGGUAGAACCAGAGAAAGACAGCAAGGAGAAAGCCAAGUGGGAGCGUGGUGCCGGCCAACCACUCCAAGACUUCCUCGCGCAAUGCUCCUCGAUGUUCCCACAGCAGGUGUGGAGCGAUGUCAGUCCGGAGCUCUAUUGCACUUUCUGGUCGCUCUCCCUCUACGAUAUCCAUGUGCCAGAGUUGACGUAUCACGCCGAAAUCCAGAAGCUUCAACAACAGAAUCUCGAGUUGGACAAGGAGUCCGACAAGCAGACUGCCAGCAAGAAGAAGAAGGAGAAGGAAAGACUCAUCAAGCGACUCAAAGAUGAGUUGGAACUACAGCAAAUCAACCAUAAACAUGUGAUUGAUCGUAUCAAUAGCGAGAAGGACAAGUACUUUGCUAAAGGAACCGGUACCGCUGAACACUUCAAGGAUACAACUAUCAAGUUUAUUCAAUAUUGUGUAUUACCACGUUCAACGAUGACACAGAGCGAUGCUCUUUAUGCUGCGCGUUUCAUUCAGCUGCUUCACCAGUUGAAUACUCCUGGUUUCUCGACACUCGCCUACUUUGACAGUCUCUCCAAUAUCAUCGAUUGUAUCAUUUCAUCGUGUACUGAGAAUGAAGCGGUUCGUUUCGGAAGGUUCCUUGCUGAGACACUCUCGAUGUUGACUCGUUGGAGAAGUUCAAGCGAUGCUUUCGAAAAAGAGAAAUCCAGCCAAGGUUUCUUUGUUCUCCAAGAGAAGCUGACCUACAGUCAAUUCGUAACAGCUGUCAGCCAGUGGCAUAAUUCAAUUGCCAUGUCAUUCUGUGCGUGUUUGAAAUCACCGGAAUACAUGGUCGUUAGAAACUCAUUGCUGGCACUGACCAAAGUCAUCAAGGUAUUCCCACUGCACCGUCAAAACUAUGUAGAUAUCGAAGCACUUGUCUCCAAAGUAAGAGUGGAGCGUGAAGAACUUAAAACACUGGCAACUCGUUAUCAUUCAAUUCUCGAAAAAGUAAAGGAUCAAAUGAUUUCUGAAGAACCUGCAAAGAAGAAGUCUACAAACAAUGAAAACAACAGUAGUACUAGUGGUAGUGGUAGUCAGGUAUCUAACAAUACUACUCCAUCAUCUUCCACUCCAAAGUCGAAUGGUUCAACACCAAAUACUACAAGCAAUAACAACAGCAGUAGCAGUAGUAACUCUGAUAGAAUGGCAAUCGAUGAACCAGCAUCUGAAAAGAAAUCGGUAAAGAAGGAAGAUCAUUCCGAUAAAUCUUCAUUAUCUAAAUCAUCGUCGAUCGAUAAAGAAAUGAAAGAUGUACCGAUGAAGGAUGUGCCCGCUGCCAAGGAGAAGACUACCAAUCAUCCACCUCCUCCUUUAAAGAGAGAUCGAUCACAGAGCAGAGACAGAGGUGAAUCAUCCAAAAAGUCAGACACUCGUAGUGACAAAUCAGAUAGAGACAAAGACAGUAAGGAAAAAGACAAGGAAAAGGAGAAGGAGCGUGAAAAAGAAAAAGAAAGAGAACAAAGAGAUAAAGAUCAACGUGAGAAAUUGGAAAAAGAAAAGGAACGUGAGAGAGAAAGAGAAAGAGAGCAAAGAGAACAAAGAGAGCAACGAGAGAAAGAGAGAUUGGAAAAGGAUCGUGAAAGAGAGAAAGAACGUGAGAGAGAGCGUGAAAGAGAAAAGGAACGCGAGCAAAGAGAAAGAGAACGUGAACGUGAGCGAGAAAAAGAGAAGGAACGUGAACGUGAAAAAGAGAGAGAGAGAGAAAGAGAACGUGAAAGGGAAAGGGAGAGGGAGAGAGAAAGAGAAAGAGAUCGCGAGAAGGAAAAGGAACGUGAACAAAGAGAAAGAGAACGUGAACGUGAAAGAGAAAAAGAGAAGGAACGUGAGCGUGAAAAAGAGAAGGAGCGUGAGCGUGAAAAAGAGAGAGAGAGAGAAAGAGAACGCGAAAGAGAAAGAGAGAGAGAUUUAAGGGAUCGCGAGAGAGUAGAUCAUCCUGAGAAAUCCGAAAAAGACAGAAUCAUUGAGCGACAGAAUCGUGAGAGAGAAAUCCUCAAGGAAAGAAUGGAUAGAGAUCGUGAUCGUGUCGACAAGGACAAAGACAGAGAAUCGGAUCGUGACGGUGACCGUCACAGAGAUAACAGAGAUCGCGACAUCAGAGAACGAGAACGUGAGCGUGAAAUGCGUGAACGUGAAAUGAGAGAACGUGAACUUAGAGAGCGUGAAAGAGAGCUACGAGAGAUGAGAGAUCGCGAACUUAGAGACCGUGACAGGGACGCCAGAGAUCGUGAAAGAGAAAUGAGAGAGCGUGAAUUGCGAGAAAGUAGAGAGCUAAGAGAUCGCGACCGUUCUGACCGUGAUCAUAUCAGAGACAGCCGAGAGAAGGACGAUAGAGAUAACAAUUCACGUGGUAACAGUCGAGAGAGAAGAGAGAACCUGUCGAGAUCUCCUAUAACUCAGUAUGGUGGAAUCGAUGAGGAAAGAAUGAGAAAGAGAAAGGAAGAAGCAAACAUGCCAUCAUCUCGUGAUGACAUGUCAAGAGGAGGAAGUAGAGAUGAAUAUAGAGAUCACAGAGGAGGUGGAGGAGGCAGUCAACCUUCAACACCAUCGUCGUCAGCACCCAGAGAUACUCGUAGUAAUAAUAACAGUGUUGCCGAUACCAAAGAAGCAAUGGCACUCAGAGAGAAUUUAAUCAAACAAAAAAAAGAAAAAGAAAAAGAGAAAGAAAAAGAGAUUAAUAAUAAUAAUAUCAAUAGUGCCAACAAUAAUAAUAGUUCCAAUAAUAACAAUCCACCAGUUAAUAUUAGAGAUGAAGGUCACGUUAAAGAAGACGAAAAGGAUUCUGAUCAAAGUAAAAAGAGAGAAAGAGAAAACAAAGAGAAAGACAAGGAAGAUGAAGGUAAAGAUGAAUCAAAGAGACAAAAGAAAGAAAGAACUGUGCUCAACAGAACCAGAAGUACCAAUCAAUCACCACCCUUGACUUUCAAUGCGCCUCCAUCUAAAUCGUCACCUCCAUUCCAACCUCAACCAUCACCAAGAGAUCCAAGAGAACUUCGUGACAGAGAUGCAAAAGAUAGAGAUAGAGACAGAGAUAGAAGAAGAUAA